AUGAGCCACCUACCAGAUCCCAUUCCUCCUCGUGAACCAUCAAGCUGUUCUCAGACAAGUACGAUAAGUGAUGCACCAGUAUCGCCAAUGCCAGUUGGUAUCGAACGUAUGGAAGCACUCAAGAAUCUCGGAGCAACAUUCGAAGAGGGGCACCGUAGAGUAUCCAAAAUAGCCACACCUACUGAAGAAGAGGUUAUACCUAGCUUUGUGGACACUAAACAAGUACAGCAAAUGGCCAAUCUAUCCAAGCAUCCAGCUUUUUCUAGCGUCAAUAUCAUUCCAGCUCAUCCGCAAUAA